UCCACAUUUUGUACACACGCCAAAGCAACCGGCGGAGAGGAGACACGGCGGGCGGGCGAUGGAGGCGGCGGCGCGGCCGCUGCAGGUGGCGGCGAUCGGAGUCUGCGCCGAGACGGGCUUCUGGGACGCGCUCCGCCGCCUCAAGCUGGACGUCCUCGGCACCGACGACUCCCCCAUCCCCAUCACCGGUUAUUAUACUCCACGCCAAUAUGAGAAAAUUGCAAGCCUAUUUAGGAUAUGCCCAGAAUCGAUACUGCCACCUUCUGCCAAUUCCUUUGGAGAUAGGAACAAUUGUCCAAUCCCAGGGACCCUACUAAACACUAAUAACAUAAGGGGAUUCCAAAAUUUGGACAGAGCACUUCUACUGAAAUCAGAAGCAAAGAAGAUCUUGCAUGAUAUUUCAUCUGGUAAAGUAGAAGAGAAUCCUGCUCUGCUACUAAGGUUCCUUGUGAUAUCAUUUGCUGAUCUGAAGAAUUGGAAAGUCUAUUACAAUGUCGCAUUCCCCUCAUUGGUUUUCGACUCCAAGAUAACUUUGCUCAGCUUGAAACUUGCCGCUCAAGUGCUUAGCCAAGAAGAGGCAGCAUCCUUGUCUAAAGCACUUACUGAGUGGCGGAGAUCAAGUGAAACAACAGUUGUUCCGUUCUUUUUUAUCAGUAUAUCCCCAGAUUCCACUGUUACUAUAAGGCAAUUGAAGGAAUGGAAAGCUUACCAGGGAAAUAGCCAAAGGUUGCUAUUUGGAUUUUAUGAUCAUGGCAAUCGAGGCUUUCCUGGGUGGGCUCUUAGAAAUUAUAUUGCAUUUUUGAGCCUGCGUUGGAAGAUCGAGAAAGUUCAGUUUUUCUGCUACCGUGAAAAACGAGGGCAUCCUGAUGUAUCGCAAUCCCUUAUUGGUGAAGCAUUAUUUCUGGCGCCUCACGGUUGGGAUGAACCUGAUUAUGUGCCUGAAGCAAUUGGAUGGGAAGGGCAAUCAACGGGGAAGGAAUCUAAAGAGAUGAAGCCAAAAGAAAUUGAUCUUUCUUCAAUUAAUCCAGCAAGUCAAGAUGAAGAAAAACAGCUGAUGCACUUGAAGCUUAUGGGAUGGCGCCACUUCCCUGUGAAUCUUGACAAGUUAUCUCGUGUCCGAUGCCUUUUGUUGGGUGCUGGAACUCUCGGAUGUGAAGUUGCACGCCUACUUAUGACCUGGGGGGUUCGGAAACUAACAGUGGUUGACAAUGGUUGUGUUUCCAUGUCUGAUCUAGUCAAACAAUCACUCUACACAGAUAAGGAUUGUGGUGUCCCAAGAGUGACUGCAAUAGUUCCACAUCUAAAAGAAAGAUGUUCUGCAGUGGAAAUUGAAGGCAUCCAAAUGCAAAUACCAACUCUUGGGCAUAAUAUUUCCACCAGCAAAAUAGCAAGUGUUCUUGAUGACUGCAAGCGUCUCCAAACAUUAGUUGAUUCCAAUGAUGUGGUCUUCUUGUUGAAUGAAACAUGGGAAAGCAUGUGGCUUCCAACUCUUCUAUGUGCAGACAAAAACAAGAUUGCCAUUACUACAUUAUUAGGAUAUGACAGUUACCUUGUCAUGCGGCAUGGUGCUGGUCCAGGAACAAAAAGUGAAGGUAUGGAUGAGGUGAUUGCUCGGGUGGAGAAUUUGUCCACAGAAGAUGCUGUUGGUCGACAAAGAUUGGGCUGUUGUUUCUGCAGUGAUACUGCUUCCCUUGUUAAUUCAGACCAUAAUGGAACACUGGGUCAGCAUUCUACAUUAGUAUUACCUGGGCUAACCUCAGUUGCAUCCGGCAAAGCAGUGGAGCUCUUUGCUAGGAUGUUACAUCAUCCAGAUGAGAUUCAUGCUCCAGGAGAUAUUGCUGGUACAGACACUGAUCAUCAGCUUGGUAUAUUGCCACAUCAGAUGCGAGGAUCGCUCUCAAAGUGUGUGUUGUCAACUGUGCUGGGCAAUUCCUCAAGCAACUGUAUUGCAUGUUCCAAUUCUGUAUUGUCGGAAUAUAGAAGAAGGGGAUUCAAUUUUGUAAUGCAGGCCAUUAACAGUCCAACGCAUUUAAAUGACCUUACAGGCAUCUCUGAUUUGAAAAAACCAUUUGAUUGUUCUAAAAUUUCGGGCAGCAUUCCUGCAAAUCUAGAAAAGCUGUCCGGUGCCCGAUGCCUACUUUUAGGUGCUGGAACUCUUGGAUGUGAUGUUGCUCGUAUUCUUAUGGACUGUGGUGUGCGCAAACUAACAGUAGUUGACAGUGGUCGAGUUGUUGUGUCAAAUUUGGCAAGACAGUCACUCUACACAUCUGAUGAUCGGGACACCCCAAAAACGUCAGCAAUACUUGGGCAUUUAAAAGAGAGAUGUCCUUCAGUGGAGGCAAAAGGAAUUAAAAUGGAAAUUCCAAUGCCAGGGCAUCCUGUAUCACCUAACGAAGCAGCCAGUGUGCUUGAAGAUUGCAAGCGCCUCCAGGAGUUAGUAUCUUCUCAUGAUGCUGUCUUCUUGCUUACUGACACAAGGGAAAGUAGGUGGCUUCCAACACUUCUCUGCGCAAAUGAAAACAAGAUUGCUAUUACUGCAGCAUUAGGAUAUGACAGUUACCUUGUCAUGCGACAUGGGGCUGGUCCAGGCACGAAUAGUGGAAGUCCAGAUGUGAUCGGUGCUGCUAAUGAGCUGACUGCAGAAGAUGUUCUCGGUCGUCAGAGACUAGGAUGUUAUUUCUGCAAUGACGUCAUUGCCCCUGUUGAUUCCGUGUCCAAUCGAACGCUAGAUCAACAAUGUACAGUAACUCGACCUGGUUUGGCUUCCAUUGCAUCUGGCCGUGCAGCAGACCUCUUCACAAGACUGUUACAUCAUCCAGAUGGGAUACAUGCUCCAGGGGAGAUUGCUGGCACGAACAGAGAGGGUCCACUUGGUCUAUUGCCACAUCAGAUAAGAGGAUCACUAUCCCAGUACAACUUACUAACCCUCUUGGGCUAUUCCUCGAGCAACUGCACUGCGUGUUCCAAUGCGGUGUUGUCAGAAUACCGGAGGAGAGGGAUGGAUUUUGUCAUGCAGGUGAUCAAUGAACCAACCUAUCUGGAGGACCUCACAGGCCUCACUGACUUGAUGAAAGCAGCAGCUUAUUCUCAGGUCGACUGGGUUGAUGAAGCUGACGAUGACGAUAUCGAUAUAUGAUGUUUCUCAUAAUUUUCAUUAAGUUAACACGUGUAAAUACAGUUUGGACACAAAUUUCAGUCCAUCAGACGAUGAGAAUGGCAUUCUUGAAUCUUGAAUGGCUUCUCUGAAGUCUGAACGAAAUUAGCAUUCACCUUGUAAACAUUACCAAUUUCUACAACAAACAAUUGUUACUUAGGAAAAAAAAUUGUACACUAAAUGCUGCUAAUAUUCAAUGCCAAUUUUGUUCCAUUCUCGAUUCCGAAAGAGAGUGUUGUU